AACAAGCACAAGUUUCUCCUCUGCACACUUCCUGUCACCGUGUGAAGGAGUCAACACAUAAACUCCAGACCGUAAAGUAAAAGUAAACACAGCAGCUUUCCCUGAGUCCUUGGAGUGGAAGGCAAAAACUGCAACAGCUUUCUGUGGGAUCAUCCUGCUGAUUGUCUGUCUUUCAGAAUGAUCAAUUAUUUCACUUUUUGUUAACCAGAACAAGGAAUUUUUUGAACUGAUGUGACUGCCAGUCUGUGAAUAAAAUAUCACUUCAGAGGAAGAGAAAGAAUGGACCCUGAAAAGACUCUCAAGCACUGAAGUAGAGGGUGAGUUUUGUUAAGUAGUUUCUUCUCUUUCAUAUCUGCUGGAGGAGUUGAUUUCUUUCUAACGUCCCUGCUUCUACGCACAACAGCCUGAUGACUUGUCUUUUCACUGCAGCUUGUUGCAUACCUUGCAAGGUUUUACUGACUGCAGGUUUAUUUCUGUAACCUUUCCUAGCAUUACUCAAAGUCAUUUCAGUAAGAUUUGUAAUAUACAUUACCUAGCUCUGAUUUGCUUUCACAAAGAAGCUACAAACAGCAAAGAUUUGGAAGCAAACUAAGAAUUGAUAUAUAUAAAAAAAUCAAUAACAUUAAAAUGGCAGGUGAAUCUAGAUUUCCAGAUGUGGACAGUAAUGGAUCAGAAAAAAAUGAAGAUAUAGAGAUUAUAGUCAAUGUUGGUGGGGUGAGGCAGGUGCUAUACGGAGAAAAUCUGAACCGAUAUCCAGCAACAAGAUUAGCACAGUUGAUCAACUGUUUAUCAGGGGGAUAUGAUACUAUUUUCUCCCUUUGUGAUGACUAUGAUCCUGGGAAAAGAGAAUUUUAUUUUGACAGAGAUCCAGAUGCUUUCAAAUGCAUUAUUGAUAUAUAUUACUUUGGAGAAAUUCACAUGAAGAAAGGAAUAUGCCCUAUAUGUUUCAAGAAUGAAAUGGAAUUUUGGAAAGUAGACCUGAAAUUCUUGGAUGACUGCUGCAAAACUCAUCUGAGCGAAAAAAAGGAGGAACUGGAAGAAAUAGCCCGAAGGGUGCAAUUGAUUCUGGAUGAUUUGGGAGUGGAUGCCUCUGAAAAUCGCUGGAAGAGAUGCCAGAAAUACAUUUGGAAAUUAAUGGAGAAACCAGAAUCAUCCUAUUCAGCUAGAGUCAUCGCAGUGUUGUCCUUCCUAUUUAUUUUAAUCUCAUCUGUAGUAAUGUGCCUGGGGACCAUCCCAGAGCUCCAGAUAGUAGACUCUGAGGGAAAUCAUGUGGAACACCCAACACUGGACAACAUUGAGACAGCAUGUAUAGGCUGGUUUACCUUGGAAUAUGUGCUUAGACUUAUUUCUUCUCCUAAUAAACUGUACUUUGUGAUUUCUUUCAUGAACAUCAUUGAUGUUUUUGCAAUACUUCCCUUCUAUGUCAGCUUGAUCUUGACCCACUUGGGUGCCGGAAUGAUGGAGUUAACCAACGUGCAACAGGCUGUUCAAGCACUUCGGAUCAUGAGGAUUGCUAGAAUUUUCAAACUCGCACGCCACUCCACAGGGCUACAGACUUUAACCUAUGCUCUUAAAAGAAGCUUUAAGGAGCUAGGACUGCUUCUUAUGUACUUGGCUGUUGGAAUCUUUGUCUUUUCUGCUCUUGGUUAUACCAUGGAGCAAAGUCACCCUGAAACCUUAUUUAAAAGCAUCCCUCAGUCAUUUUGGUGGGCAAUUAUAACCAUGACCACAGUUGGAUACGGGGACAUAUAUCCUAAGACAACACUGGGGAAACUGAAUGCUGCCACCAGUUUCCUUUGUGGGGUGAUAGCUAUAGCACUUCCUAUCCACCCCAUCAUAAACAACUUUGUCAGAUACUAUAAUAAGCAGAGAGUUUUAGAAACAGCUGCCAAGCAUGAACUGGAGCUGAUGGAGCUAUACUCAGGUGAGGGGAAAGUUGGAGGCUCCAAGAAUGAACUAGAGGAUCUUAUGGGGGAAGGCAAGGAGCAUCCUUCAUGGAGCAGACAGCUAAAAGUUUCCUACAGUGACACCUUCAUUCAUCUCCUAUCAGAUGAGAAACAUUACAGGACCAGGCUUCAGAGCUGCAAAUAAACUAAGUGACUGUUACUGUUCAGUUAUAGACUGGGACAAAUUAACAGUCUUCUAGUGAAAGGAUUAAAGGGAGCUGUCAGUGUUGAGCGUGAGCACUGCCUUUCUUUUCCAAACAUGAAUACAAAUUAACCCUCAUCAGCUUCAUCAGAGGUUGGUAAGACUUUGUUUUUAUUACCUGACAUAUAAUAUUAGGAUGCAAUUGAGAUGUGACCGAUCAUAAUUAAUACAUCCUGAAAAAUUAAUUUGUAACCAUUUCAGAGAUUGAAAACAGUUUCUUGAUCAGUAAUAUGUACAAUUACUUGGAUGUUAAGCUUUAUAAAAAUCAAAAUCCUGUAUCUGUAAUAAUAAAGAACAACAA